AUGAGGGCAGAUCAAUGGUUGAGGGGAGUUCGAUCGAGAAUUGCCAGACUGUUCGUUCUUCGUCGUGUGGAUGGAGAAUCACCAGAGAAGACGGACGAAACGGAAGAGGCUGAAGUCUCGAGUAUUAAGCACAAGCAACAAAUGGCAGCAGCAAGUUCGAAGUCUGCAUACAAAGCUCACCUAUUAAAAACUCUCUCUCAACUAGGCGACGAUGGCGAUGAUAAUGAUGUCACAUUCAAUUAUGUCCAAAGCAAAGAACAUGACUGUUUUGAGAUUUCACUCAAUGUUAAAUCUGAAGGGUGA